ACAGCUAGCUCGAUACAGUAAUGGACAUGGAACGCCUUCGCUCGCUAAAUCGAUCGAUUCGAAUGUCGAUAAUGUUCACGAUAGUUCGCUUCGGAUUCCCUAACUCAACGUUCGUCAGAUACAGUAGUAUAGGAGCGAUUAUCCAACCACACCACAUAUGACAAGAUUUUCACACCAGAUCGUCUCGACAAUCCAGGCGUACAUAUAUAAGGUCCAAAAGGAAUAGAAUAGAUGAAAGGUACAUUAUAUGUAAUCCGCCUUUUCGGAUCGACCGCAACCCCCACCACCCAAUCUCAUUCCAAUCAUCAUCCACUUAUCAUUCAAGACCCACUUGUCAUCCAACCAGCAUCAUAUAUUUCUCACAAGACAAUGAUCGUGGCACUCAAACACAAGCAAACAUGGCAUCAGUUCACUUCACAAAAAAAGCCUCACAAGUGUAAACGCCAGCAUGCAACCUAGCCAGCUAAGGUCUUCCAUUGAUGCUCGCCAUCUCAUAUGUGUCCUCGCUCAACCGGCAUCAUCCACUUCUCGUUUAUGGAUUCAUUCUCUUUUCAUUCGAGAUCUACCAAUCGUACAAUCAGUAUCACACACUUCUCUUUUCAAGUCGUCACACACCAUUGAUCGCGGCAAUCAACACGAAUAUAGAAAAGAGCUCACUCACAAGUACAAACGCCUGAAUGGGGCCCAAAUCAAACAAAUGUUUCCUCGGACGAUUCGAGAAAGUCUUUGGAAGAUCCGAGGAGAGCAGUCGAGUACAUCGCUUCUCCCUUUGCCGAUGCACACAAGAUCAAAGUUCGAACGCAUUUACCGAACAAUCGAUACAUCAUCAGCCGGAAUGGUGCACUUGCCAUCGCCAUUACUCAACGGUUCCAGAAUUUAAUUCACAAACAACUUUCAUGGUCAAGGGGCAUUACUUGAUCAUCAAUCAAAAUGGCGACAUGAUCACCCUUGCAAGCAACAUCUUACACGACACUUGCUUUCUCACCCUUACGCCAUCCUUUCUUGGGAUCAAAGAACUCGUUCUUUGCUAUUCUCCCUCCUCCUCUCACACAUCCU